ACGGUAUUCCGGAAUGGGACGGCCUGAGGGAGAGGGCGUUGGGGAAGGGGGCAAAGAUUAAUGGUAGAUGAAAGUAACUCCAGAGAAUCAGCUCCUUUUAAACUUUUCCGUGAACAGUGGUCGAGCUUCGUAAAGAAAGGCGUGAGGUCGAUUCUGAGUCUGAGGCCACAGUGAUGUAAGAGGUGGCCAGUAAAGCCUCAAGUAUCCCUGGGCUUCUAACCCCAGCAACCUCUCGAUUACUCAGGACGCCCCGUUUCCGUCUUAGAUUGUUAGCUUUGGCUCAGAACCUUGGGGUUCCUGUGCACUGAACUAUUUUAUGUUUUUACUGAAGAUUUCGGGGUUCAAGACAUAAAAAGGAAGAAAUAAAGAAAACGUAAAAAUUAGAAAUCAAGUUCUGUGAAAAUGACUCUUCAGGAAAUGGUGCUUCAAGCUGCUGCUCUUUACUCUGACCGUAUAGCUGUAUGUUUUGAUGGAUGUAAUAAUCAGUGUCCAGUUUAUUAUACCUACAGAUCUGUGGUUAAUUUUGCCUCAGAAUUAUCUAGCUUUCUUCAAUUACACUGCAGUUUUGAAGGGAUUCGUGAAAUUGGUCUUUACUGCUAUCCAGGAAUAAAUUUACCAUCAUGGAUUUUGGGAAUUCUUCAAGUCCCUGCUGCAUAUUCUCCAGUUGAUCCAGAUAUACCCCCAGAAUUAUCAGCCUAUUUUAUGAAAAAAUGUAACCUCAAGUAUAUCCUCGUUGAAAAAAAUCAAGUUGAUAAAUUCAAAUCUUCCCAUGAAACUUGGUUAAAUAAUGAUACCAUUACAGCAGACCAUACUGGUUUAACACUUUUUGAACUUCACUGGAAUGAUACUGAUGUGAACUUGAUUCUACCUGAUAAGAAAGAGAACUAUGGAAAGGAAAAAAUGAAUAAUUGCAUCAGUUCUUUGAACAGCAAUGAAGAAAAAGCAAAAAAAAGCCUGGAUGUCAGAUUUCAGCAUUGCUUAGCUUAUGUUCUACAUACCUCAGGAACUACAGGAAUUCCUAAGAUUGUCAGAGUGCCUCAUACAUGUAUAGUACCAAAUAUUCAACAUCUUCGGAUACUCUUUGAGAUCACACAAGAAGAUAUUCUUUUCAUGGCUUCCCCUCUGACAUUUGAUCCAUCGGUUGUGGAGAUAUUUCUUGCUUUGACAAGUGGAGCAUCUCUGCUUAUAGUUCCCAGUGCUAUUAAAAUGCUGCCAUUGAAAUUAGCUACUGUUCUGUUUCACCAUCACCAUGUAACAGUUCUCCAGGCUACACCAACACUGCUUAGAAGAUUUGGAUCUCAGCUCAUCAAGUCAUCUAUUUUAUCAGCUACAACUUCACUUCGUGUAUUAGCCCUUGGUGGCGAGGCAUUCCCAUCAUUGAGUGUCCUCAGAAGCUGGAGGGAAGAAGACAAUAAAACUAAAAUAUUUAAUAUUUAUGGUAUCACAGAGGUAUCCGCCUGGGCAACAUGUUACAGGAUUCCAGAAGAAGAUCUUAGCUCUGCUCUGGGAGUUGAGUCCCCUGUGCAAUUGGGAUUUCCACUGCUUGGAACAGUAGUCGAAGUCAGAGACGCAAAUGGUUUGACAGUUCGAGAAGGGGAAGGCCAAGUUUUUUUAGGUGGUGAGAAGCGGGUAUGUUUUCUUGACGAUGAAAUAACUCUACCUUUUGGUACAAUGAGAGCGACUGGUGAUUUUGUUACUGUGAAAGGUGAAGCAAUGUUUUUCUUGGGACGGCAAGACAGUCAAAUUAAACGUCAUGGCAAACGUAUUAACAUUGAAUGUGUACAGCAGGUUGCUGAACGAAUUUGUCAAGUAGAAUCCUGUGCAGUUAUAUGGUAUCAUCAGGAAAGAUUAAUUCUGUUUGUGGUGACCAAAGAUGGUUUAGUGAAGGAUGGUGUUUUAGGAGAACUUCAAAAACAUCUUCCAAGUUAUGCAGUCCCAGAUGACAUUAUGGUGAUUGAAGCUUUACCAUUUACAUCUCAUGGCAAAAUUGAUGUGUCUGAGUUAACCAAGAUUUACUUUAACUACAUAAAUUUGAAGUCUAGCAGUAACCUCAAAGGAAAAGAGGAACUAUGGGAAAGACUGCAGUACUUAUGGAAGUCCUCUCUGAGACUUCUGGAAGAUCCCUUGGAAGUUUCUAAAGAUUCACUAUUCCUUAGUAAUGGUGGUGAUUCCUUAAAGUCCCUUUGGUUCAGUAAUGAGAUUGAGAAUCUGGUAGGUAGAUCGAUACCUGGACUUCUAGAAGUUAUUCUCAAUUGCUCCGUCUUAGAUAUAUACUAUUAUAUUCUCCAAGCAGUGUUUCCAGAUGAAGAUACACCACUUAAUAGGAGUAAUGGCACAAAAAGAAAAUUCAGUGUCAUGAAUAAAGGAGAAAUAAGUGGUAAAUAUGUUGACCAGAAGUCUGGAAGUCCUGUGAAUUCUGGCAAAGAGCAGAAUGCUUUUAUUGCAUUGAGCAGAGGAAAUCAGAUUUUGUUUGUGAAUGUCUCUGAGUCUUUAAAGAAUUCCCUAAGUAUGAGACAGACAGGAACUAAGUUAGAAAAAUAUCCUUCAACAUCUUCUGAUUUAAGUUCAUCUGAAGAGUCCAGUUUUGUUCAAAAUAUGACAAGCAAAAGCCCUUUAACAAUUAUCCAGAAGAUGGAUGGUGCAGAAGAGAUCAGCUCUGUGUUAAAAAUUUCAGAAGAUGAAACUUCUAUGAGAGCAUCUGCGAGAAUAAAGUUACGUGUCAGGUGGAAGUCCAAUACUGGCAAAUGUGUGGAUGCUUCACCCCUCAUGGCAAUAUUACUUCUCAAUCAGUUAUCUGCAACUGUCUACAUUGGAUCCCAUUCUCACAGGAUACAAGCAGUUGAUCUCUAUUCUGGGAAAGUGAAGUGGGAACAGAUCUUGGGAGAUCGCAUUGAAUCCUCAGCUUGUCUCUCUCAUUGUGGAAAUUUCAUUAUAGUGGGCUGCUAUAAUGGUUUAAUUUAUGUGCUCAGAAACAGUAAUGGAAAAAUACAUUGGAUGUUUGCUACCAAGGAUACCGUUAAAAGCUCUGCAACCGUGGAUCCAUCCACAGGCCUCAUAUAUGUGGGAUCUCAUGACCAUCAUGCAUAUGCUUUGGAUAUUUAUAAGGAGACCUGUGUUUGGAAGUCAGAUUGUGAAGGAACUGUCUUUUCUUCACCAUGUCUAAGCCUGGCUCCCCAUCACUUAUAUAUUGCUACACUGAAAGGAGUUCUAUUGGCCUUAAAUCCUACUACUGGAAAUAGAGUCUGGACACAUUCCUGUGGAAAACCUCUUUUCUCUUCCCCACAAUACAGCUUGCAGUACGUUUUGGUCGGUUGUGUGGAUGGGAAUUUAUACUGCUUUAACCACAUGGGGCAACUGGUUUGGCAGGUCUCUACUAAUGGACCAAUCUUUUCAUCCCCAUGCAUUUCUGACUUAAUGAAGCAAGAAAUAUUUUUUGGCUCCCAUGAUUGCUUUAUCUACUGUUAUAACAUGGAAGGACAUUUUCAGUGGAAAUUUGAGACUACUGCAAGUAUAUAUGGAACACCAUUUACUUUCCACAAUCAUAAUCUAAGCAGUGAAAUGCUGCUAGCAGCAGCAUCCACUGAUGGAAAACUAUGGAUCUUGGAUGCUAAAAGAGGACAGUUACAAACAGUACAUAAGCUUCCUGGAGAAGUUUUUUCAUCUCCUGUGGUCUGGCAGUCAAUGCUCGUUGUUGGGUGUCGAGAUGACUAUGUUUAUUGUCUGGAUUUGUUGGGUGUUACUGAAAAAUAACCAUCAGAUAACCAAAAAUAACCAUAACAUCUUCACUGUUUUUAUCAGUACCACAUGGAUAGAACCUAUUUGUUUUACAUGUACAGAGAGCUAUACCUAAGAAUUGUCCAUAUAAAAGAUAUUUUAGUUAAUAAAUGAUUUAUCUGGGAAUGACCAUUUUCAA